CGACUAGACUCUGUUUCUCAUGUAAUUACACACAUAGGCUGAUUCAUUGCAUCUGGGAGGACUCUCUUUUCCUCUCCUCUCAUUCAAACUUCAGGAAACAUUAAAACAUUUGGCCAGGUCGUGUUCCAGCACAGAAUGUAAGUUACAGACUACAACGACAACACAAUGAAUGAGAAGAUUUAUGCUUAAGAAGAUUGACUCACAUGGAGAUUAUAUCAGUUUUAAAUUAAAGACUUCAACUUCAAAGGUGACGACUGGCUUCACUGUACUGGCACUCGAAGUGUGAGGUUACUGACCCCCAAAAAAGAAAAGAACUGCGACAAAACUUUUCAGCGACAGUUCAAUUAUUUCUCUCAACCGAAACCACCUGCGCCUGUUUCCAACAGAAAAGAGAGGAACAUCUGGAUGAGAGGAGCAGGAAAGAGAAGCACCGGGCAGACUGGUUGUUGAAGCAACACAAGCGCUCGAGGCGGACAGGGAGGACGGUGGGAAGAGCAGGAGGGCCGGGAGAUAAAGCACCUCAGCAGAAAUAUGCAGAAGACAGGAGGACAAGUUGCACGGAGCUGCUGGCUGCUCCUCACGCUCUCACUUAAAGGUAUUUUUGCAGGUGAUUGGUCGGUCCGUCUCCCGUCCAGUCCCAUCUGUGCCGUGACUGGUUCUUCGGUGGUUUUCCCUUGUUCCUAUGACUACCCCCAAAGUUUAAAUGAAGCCAAGGGAGCGACACAGCUCUCCACUCAGGGUGGAGGAGGAGGAGAACAGUACAAAGUUCUGUCUGAGAUGUGGUGUCUUGGAGAGAGUCGUUGUAUCACUCCAAGGUAUGUGUUCCACAGUGCUGGUAUUUUCCCACAUCCAUCCUACCAGAACAGGGUGAAGUACAUGGGACAACCAGGAACAAAGAACUGCUCCCUGAAGAUCUCUGACCUGAGGCUGUCAGACAGUGGAAACUAUGUGUUUUACCUCAUCACCAGCCAUCCAACGCAGAAGAUGCCAGAGCAGAGAGGCAUACAGCUACUGGUGGCAGAUUCAUCCAGUGCAGUCACAAUGUCAGUGAGUCCGUCCAGCGGCGUCACUGAGGGUUCGUCCGUACAUAUGUUCUGCUGCAGCCCUUCAGCGAGUCCACAGGCCCGAUUCAGGUGGUUCCUGACUAACAGCACCACCCCGAGGUUUAAUGGACAGGUGUGGAACAUCAGUGAUGUCACCGCUGAUGUCUCUGGCUCCUACCACUGUCAGAUGCAGACUGGAGACAGACUGCGUGACUCGGCAACACAAGCCAUUGAUGUGGAGUAUUCACCUCGGAACACAGCAGUUUCCAUCUCUUCAGAUGCACAAGUAGAACUUCCCAUGACUCUGACCUGCAGCAGUGAUGCUAACCCACCUGUGCACACGUUCAGCUGGUACCAGGGUGCAGCGUGUCACCCUGACACAGACAAAAGCUUUCAUCCAGCACGACAAGUCACGGCCACAGCCACAGGAAGAAGCUCCAAUCUCAGGAGAGCCAAUGUCAGGGCUGAGCAAUACGGGCAGCACUGCUGUGUGGCACGCAACAUACAUGGAUCACAGACUGUCAGUGUGACACUCACAGAUUCCAGAGCAACAACUCCUUCUGAAUCUACGGGAAACAGAGCUGUACUUAUUGGUUUGGCCAUCUGUGUCCUAUUGGCUGCUAUGGCCUUAGUUGCAUUUUUUGUGAGAAGGAGACAGAAGUCAUCCCAAAAUCAAUCGUAUGCUCUGGCUCCAACAGCUGCUCCAGAGCCUUAAGCACUCAGGAGGCUGCACACUCCUGCACACACUCAUGCCUGCUCAAGCGAGGACCAGAGUAUGCCAACGUCAGCGUUUGUACAGAAUAUUAACAUUAUAAACAGGUACCUACCUUAUAACAUGUAGAAAAGCGGCAUUUUCAUAUUGCGUAUAAACCUGGAGUCUGCUCUUCUCUCUGUACUUCUUCUCUACUUCAUUUGUUUUCCUGUACCUGUAGUAAUUUUACAUUUAAUGUCAGAGCUUUUGUGCUCUGUUCUGCGUGUUUACAUCGAGGUAAGUUACACUUUCAGGACAAAGACAUCUCACCUAACCAAAGGCAGUUAUAGUUAUAGUUGUAGUUGUAAUUUUAGUUUUAGUUUUAGACAUGUAAAAAAAAAUCCUGAAGAGAAACUGGUGUGAUUAGUCUUUAUUCUACAGUUUUUUUUCACAUGUUCUUAGCAACUAUUUUCUAAUGUGUGAAGAGGAGAAACUCUGUAUCUGAUUUAGUUUUUAGGGUCUUAAAGUUUUCACUUUGGUGCAUCCACCGUCACACCUCACAUUGUCAGGGGAACGUUACAUGUGCAUGCUCUUUAACCUGCUUGACUCCAUGACUGAAAUCAUGCACACAGAAGAAAAGCAACUUUACCUUGGCUGGACAUCACAUGACAGACAUCACACUCCAUCCCUAAGCAGGAUAUACAGUAGCACUGGAAAAAAAUUUUAUUUUAACGUAAUGAGAUGAGCAUGUUGAAGCUGAAACAAAUUAAACAGUGUUGAAAUACCUCCUUA